AUGAACUACAAGAGAUACUACUACGUGACUCUUGUCCAGCUCUUCUUCACCCUCAUAGCAGGCGGUUCGGUCACAUGGAUGAUCCAGAAUAACGAUGGGGAUACCGUUCGAUACCAUCCUCAAAUCUGGGCUACUUUCCAGUUCAUUGCCUUUGCCGCAUGGUCGAGCUUUAUCAUUUCCGGCUCUAUCGUCCUUCUCUUCUGGACUGGCGUGUGGGACUGGUUUAUCAAGGACGAAAAUGAACGGACUUACUUUCUCGUUCACAUGGUAUAUAUCGGGAUCUACGACUUUUUCUGGCUAGGAGGCGCUGCAUCUCUUUCCACAAUACCAGGAAACUGCAGGAGAAUCGAUCAUUGCACUUCAACGCGUGCAGCCGCAGCCUCUUCCUGGCUCACUUUCUUCGCCCUGAGUUGGGCAUCGGUCAUGAUUAUCCGAGAAUGGUUCUAUGGCAGUUAUAAGGACCAGACCAUCCCCAUGAACACGAAACAAGCAAAGACAAAGGCACCCCCGCCUCCUCCGAUGAGCACUACAAACAGCAGCGUCUUUUGCGGGCCACAAUGUGUCUUGCAAGCAAGAGCCGGUGCGCCGAAACUCAUGGUCCUGCCCGCUGCACAUUACAUGUUCCGUACGGUCUCCGAUCUAUUCCGCGCAAACUGGACGCACCCAACGGCCGUGCCGACCUUGCAAUACAUCUUCGUCAUCGUAUCCACAGAAGAAUAUGAUCGGAUGUAUAGAGCGUACAGAGAGGGUGUCGACAGCGUGGGCAAGUUCCAAGCACAAGGGUUAAAAGAGGGGAAUGAACAGUACAGGUGGCAUGGGACAUCUAGAGAGUGCAAAGUCGGUGAUCCUGGCCACCCAAAUCUCUGCACUUCCGCCAGCUGCUCGUUGUGCAGCAUCAUCCGCUACUCUUUCGAUAUUGACCGUUUCGGUCCACGAUGGGGAAGGUUUGGCAAAGGCAUCUACACCUCGGGCACCUCGUCCAAAUCCAACGACUAUCAAAAGAACUUGCAACCAAGCCAAUGGAGCGCUCUUUUACUCAACAACGUAGUCGUCGGUCGAGGAUAUCAGCUCUACGACAAUAGCGACAAGCUAAUACAGCCACCACCCGGGUACGAUUCGGUACUCGGCGUUCCUGGACGUGCGCUAAACUACGAUGAAACUGUCGUCUACCGAAACGACGCGAUCAGGCCGGCGUACCUGGUCCUCUAUUUGACACCACAGUGA